AUGACGUGGGUCUGCUGUUCCUUUGACCAACUCUCGGCGUCGACCUUGUACGACAUUCUACACCUGCGCUGUCAAAUCUUUGUCGUCGGUCAAAAGAGCGCGUACUUGGAUCUCGACCACGUCGACAAGCGCUGUCUGCACCUCUUCAACGUCUCGGAGAAGGGCAAUGUCGUCGCCUACGCGCGGCUCCUCGGGCCAGGCGCCAAACACGACUCGCAGCGGCGACCGAUGAUCGGACGCGUCCUCACGGCGCCCGAUGCGCGCGGCAAAGGCCUCGGGAAGGCGCUCGUCCGGCGCGCGAUCGACGAGUGCAGUGCACGGUGGCCUCGUGACGCGAUUGAGAUCGGCGCGCAGUCGUAUUUGCGAUCGUUUUACGAAGAUUUUGGCUUUCGCGUCACGUCAGCGCCGUACAUGCACUAUACCGUCGAGCACAUGGACAUGGUCCGCGAUGUUUCGGCCGAGUAGAUGCGAAACGCAAUCAUAUUCCAUUCUCACGUGAAUAUUUAAGAAAAUCGCUUGGCGGCUUAUGCACUACUCUCACACUCAAGCUCUGUGGUAUCGAGUUUUGUUGGAUAAAGAUUGCACGACUUGAAAAUCUACUAUUAUGCUGGAUAGAGUGGUGAAUAUAUUGUGCUAAGGGAA